AUGGGGUCUUAUAAAGACCGUCUGGCUAAAGGGAUCGUCGAAGAAGCCGAAUACCGGGGCGACAUCCAACCGGAAAAGCUGCGGACCAUGGCUGCGAUUGGCGCCGAGGUCGAGAACGUCCACAGCCACAACGGCAAGAUCACGCCGCACCUCUCUGCUACCAUUGUGAAACGGGCCAAAACAAUCGUGGAGGAAAACAAGGCUUAUUACGCCGCGGACCAGUUCAACAACAAGGACUGCAUCGUGCUCAAAGCUGCGCGUCCUGGUACUCGAGUCGUGGUUGUCGAGCCGUCGUCGGCACCGCCCUUGAGCCAAGGGACAAAGGGCGUUUAUGGCAUCGAAGGAAUUGGACCCGGGCUCAUACCGCCUCUGCUCGACAGCACACUAUACGAUGUGAUCCGCGCAUACCCCGAAGAGGAGGCGUACGAGAUGUGUCGCAGAGUCGCGAAAGAGAAGGGCAUCUUGACUGGCACUUCGACGGGACUCAACGACCUUGGUCCCGGAAGAGUGGUUCUUACGGUCGCGUGCGAUACGGGCUUGAAAUAUGUGAGCGGGAACUUUCAAUUACUGGAGGUAUAUUUCAUCUUUAAAGAUUUCUCUCAAAUAUAA